AUGCAUGAUGGCGUGCCGGCCGCCAGACGAACAGAUAAGGGAAAGGGCAGGGAAAUGACCUUAGAGACGGAAGGGCCUGACGGCGCUGAAGACGCUAACGGUACGGAAGCGACUCAAGAAACGGAAGAAGCUGAAGUGGACGAGGCUGAAAUGAUCGGGGAGCCGAUACCGGCGAAGCGGACGAGGACCAUAAAGAUCAAGUUGGCCAGAGCGAACAAGGAAGCCGAAGAGAUCGAGGAAGUAAGGCGGGCUCGAAGGGCGAAAAGGGCCAGAUCCCAAGAGAUCAAGGAGGCCGAAAAGAGCCGGGAGGUCGAAGAGAGCCGAGAGGUCGAAGAGAGCCAGGAGGCCGAGGAAACUGAGGAAGUGAAACCGACCAGAAGGUCGAGGGGUAGAAACAUCAAGGAAGCCAAAGAAACCGAAGUGGCCGGGGAGACUGAGGAACCGCCGCCGCUCAGAAGGUCGAAAAGAGCCAGGACCGAAGAGGCCGAAGAGAGCCAGGCGGUCGAAGAGACCGAGGAAGUGCGGCCUGCCAAAAGGGCCAGGGGUAGAAAGACCAAAGAGGUUGAAAAGACCGAGGUGGCUGGAGAGGCUGAGGAAUCGAAACCGGCUAGAAGAUCGAAAAAGGCUAGGACCGAGGAGACCGAGAACGCUGAAGGGACCGAGGAAUCAAGGCCGGCCAAAAAGGCGAGAACAACCAGAGCCACAAAGGCACCUAAGACCACCACCACGAAGAGAACGCCCAGAGCCGCGAAAUCGAACGGGUCUACUAAAACAUCCAAGACCUCGAAGGCAGCUAAGAUAGCUGAAGAAGCUGAGGCGGUCGAGACACCCGAGAUAGCUGAGAUUGCUCAGGUAACUGAGACCGCUGAGGCAGUUAAGACGGCUGACGCAACGAAGACGACCAAGGCGACUAAGGCGACCAAGGCGGCCAAGGCAACGAAGACGGCCGGAACGGCCAGGGUCACUGAGAAGACUGGGGCUGCUAAGGUUACUAAGACAACCGGGACAGACAAGGUCACUAAGACUGAUGGGGCAGCUAAGGCUACUAAGACGGUAAAGACGGCCCGGACGACCAAGUCCACCAAGAUAGUCGAGGCAGCUGAAGCGGCUAAGGAGGAUACUGGAACGACGAAGGCUACUCGGUCAACUCGGGCAACCCGAAGCCAGAAGAAGCCUUGA